AUGUUGGGAAUUGAGAAGGCCGCGUCAUCAGAUCUUUCAUCGUCUUCGACAGAGACGUCAGCUAUUUCUCCCAUCAGUAUGAUAAGUAUACCAUCAUCUCCGGACAAAGACAAGAAAAAAGUGCGUUUCGCGCCCAGUCGGCUUUAUCAUGUUGUCUGUUUAAUUAUGCAUAUUGCUUUGAGGUCUCAUUUGUGCGCUACAAUCCAGACAUACCUCAAAUUGUUACUUCCUUCAAAGGUGAUGCCAGAGCGAAACUUCAAAUCGUGGCGCUGCGUCUGUGCAAAGAAGAUUCCGGAUAAUGGUUCAUGGUGUAAGUGCCGUGCGGAGACCACAAUGGAUGACCAAAGGGCAGUGACAAAGGGCGAGCAUAACCACCCACCCAAACACUUACUCGCCGAAUUGGAAUUCAUCAAGGUAGGAGCCUCACGUCCGAACUUCUUCCCACUUCCCACAUCUUCUCCCACAUAUGGUGAUUCCUACCAUCGUCCUCCUGGUUUGCUACAAUGCUUCACUCUUUUGCUUAGUGGCUUUUCAUGA